CUUGCAUCCUCCAAUCUUUGAACUUGUGGCUUGUCCGAGGGCAUUGCAGCGUUGCAAACAUCGGAAUCUGUUGGAUAAUAUAAUAUACCCUCGCGAAUGACCUCUUCAAGUUGUUGUAUUGUUGUAUGGGCCAUUUGUUGGCUGUGUCCCGAGAACUGCCAAGUAAUAUCCUUAUCAGAGAACCUGACCAUGUCCAAUAGGAGCCCAAAAUAGGAUAAAGGUGGGGCCUAAAUUUUCUUGAGAAUCUGUGAACGGCACAGCGGUUCGGUUCUUCGAGGCUCCACGAGUCCAUGUCAGCUUCAGCUUCAUAUUAAAACCAUAAAUAUGCCAUCCGGUCCAGCAACGCUCGGGGACUUUUCCGUCCUUCCGGUCUCGAUUCCGCCAUUGCCGUCAUUCCCUAAUAAAGAUGUAUUCCACUACCUCUACGUGCGGCGCAACACGCCCAAGAUUCCCACGCCGAACGAUACCCGCAGUCUCUUUUUGACCAAUGUGCCCGCCGACAGCACGGAGGUACAUCUCCGCGCUCUCUUCGCCUCGCUAGUAGGGGCAGGGCGCUUUGAGAGCGCCGUCUUCGAGGGCGAGCGGAAGGAUGCUCGUUCGCAGUCCCAGUCGCCGAUCGAUGCUGCCACGCCAGCCUCCGCCGCCCGACUGCUACAAGCCCACAGCAAGAAACGCAAGCGCGAAGACGAAGAGGCCGAGCGAGCGCGUGAAGAAGCCGCGGCACGUCUUCCCAGCACGUGGACUCGGCCACUGCGGAGGAGCGGCAGCACGGCGGUCGUGCUACUAGCAGACAAGAAGAGCGUGGAGCAAGUGCUGAAGGCAAUCGCCAAGGUGCACAAGACAAGGAAGUACCCGACCUGGGGCGGCAAUCUUCCAGAAGGCAGAGUUCCACCAUUAGGCUCAGUCUGGCUCAAGGCGCACAACCGCCUUUCUUACCCAGACAAGCAAGCGCUGCAGGCGUCAGUGGACGCCUUCUCAUUACUGUAUGCCCGGCGCGAGCAAGAGGCAGCCGAGAUUGCCAAGCGGCUGCGGAACGAGCCGGAUGAGGACGGCUUUGUCACGGUUACCAGGGGCGGCAGGGCUGCGCCGGCCAGCCGGAACGAGGCGGAGGAGGCCAAGCGCAGGAUGCUGGAAAAGGAAGAGAAGAAGAAGCAGGAGCUCAUCAAUUUCUACCGGUUCCAGCUGCGGGAGCGGAAGAAGGCAGAACAGGCAGAGCUUGUCAAGAGGUUUGACGAGGACCGGAGGAAACUGGAGGCGAUGCGGGAGAAGAAGGGCAAGUUUGUCCCCGAGGCGUGAGGCCUUGGCGCUGCACGCAGAUCAUGAUGAGCCUUGUUGGUGUUGCGCGGAGAACAGCAAAUCGGCCCAUUGUCUGGCAAUACCCAAGCAAAGGGUGUAGUGUCGAGCGAACACAAAACGCCUCGCCCUUUGAGGUGGUAAAAUGGCUCGCAAGGCCCUGCUACUGGGCGCGGCCAAUACAAAGACUGUUGGUGAGUAGAUCUAUUUCCUCUCUUU